AUGACGAAUGGGUACGAUAGUGGAUAUGGGAGUGGUGGUGCUCACGUUUCGAACAAGCACGAGCCGACUCCAGAUCUGUUGCUGCAGGCGUUCAACCAAGCGCUGCGACCGUACACUGACAAGGUGGAGACGCUGGAGAAUGAGAUUGCGGAUUUGCGGGCGUACAUUGACCAGCUCGAGAACCAGCGAAAUGAUGUCUUCGCCUGGAUUGACAAGCGAGGAUUGCGACCGGACGUCCCACCAUCGAUCGCGCAACAGAUGGACAACGCCUCGCACGCAUCAUCCACCACCCACGCAGCCGCGACAUUAAACGCGCAGCUCGACCGCAAAAUCACGAUCGUCAACUUCGACCUACACCGUCUACAAGACGACCUCAAUGACUCACUCCCCACCCCAUCCUUCUCCGCCUGCAUGCUCAAAUUCCUACCUGACAUCUCCCGCCUAAGCUCUCUGCCAAGCGGGCCACGCUACGCCUUCGACUUACUACUGAAGCUCGGCGGCAACCUCAACAGCCACGGCGGGCUCGAAAACGGCGACGAAGAUGACCUCGCCGAACGCCGCGCCUUCUACUCCAAACUCGACGGCGCCAUGGUGGCCGUCGUGCGCGGACGCUUCAGCGAAGAAGGCGAGAGUUGGGGCGUGCAACGGGAGAUCAAGCGAAUUGAGAAGACGGGUGCUUAUCUACGAAACUGGGGCGUUGAGCCGUACUUCCCGCAUACGCUGGAGGUGAUGCGGGAUGGCAUCGGCAGCAGCGGCCACGGCGGGCAUGGAAGUCAUGGAGUGCAUUCUGGUGCGCAGCAGAGCGAGCAGGCGACUGCUGGUGGCGCCGCGCCGGACUACCAGUAG